GAAAGACGCUCCUUGGCACAGAGGAAGGCAGCUGCUGUGAUCGCCCAACGUGUCAGCAUUUCCGACUGAUUUCGUUUCCUGAUCUCGCCUGCCUCAUGUGCUGAUCUUGCCGCAUCAUGUGCCAGUUCCGAUGCUCUGCGGUCCUCCUGACCUCUUUCAUCAUCGCCCACCCCUCACUUGCUGCCCAGGAUGCCUUGCUGCCGACAAGCCUUCAGGCAGCCUUCGUCCCAUCAGCAGUGCGGUCAUCGCUGCGUCUACCACGGCAACUGAAGCCUUCUCGGCUACCGCGUCUAUCGUCUGACGGUCCUCCCGUGAGCGAUGACGACGCAUCUUUCACUCUUACUGUUGACAAGCCGGGGGAGCAAGCAGCACCGAGCCCUCCUAUUGCACCGAAGGGCGCCCGUGUCUUGGACAGUGAGUGACUGACCAACACAUCUUUACUUUACCUUGCCGGUAUCUGUCUUCAUGUGUGUCUUAUGUAUUGUGCGUGCCCAUCCGUGCAGACUUCGGCACAAUUCCUCUGAAAAUACAGAGCGCUAUCAUUUACCUGAAUGAGUGGGUCCUCAAGAACGAGAACCGACCUGACGCUCAGCCGCUGAUACAGGCGCUGUCGCGACCGCCGGCUGCAUCAAGUGAGCGACCGAUGGGAUGAGGACACUGUCACAUUUGUUUGCAUGUUGCUCUCGUGUGUGUGGGUGCUUGUCUGGGUAGGCAACCUCGAUGCGAACGACCCCAUGAGUCUCCGCGACUCCGUCAACAUCCAGAAGGGGAAGUUUGAGGAGGGCGAGGCCAUCACUGAAGAGACGUUUCAGUUCGUGCAAACGCUGCAAACCCUGGGAGAGGAGGUACGGCACAUAGACGCGGCACACGUGGGUACGCCAAGAUGUGUCUGUGUCAGGACCCCGAGUUGCUUGAGGCCUACCGCGUGCUGAAUGAGUGGCUCAUCGAGAGCAUGGGGGGGACGGAAGCCACGCAGGUACGCAUACAUUUCCCCCAGGGGUAGACCAUCCAGAAAUGUUCAUGUUGAUUCACGUCAGGCGGCUCUCGAGAGGAAUGUUGAGAAGUACGAGACCAUGCUGAGGGAACAGAGCUCUCCGGAUGCCACACGAAUGGCCGCGCUGUCCCUCCCAUCUGACGGAAAGCCGUUCGGCAGCCUUACACGGCCUCUGUCUCGCUCACCGGUAAGGCGCCACAAAGGGGGCGAAUUCUCGCUUUAUACAAACUGUAGUCCGUCAUGUGUAUGCAGAGACUGUCUCGCGGUCUUUCAAGGCUGUUUGGUGGUCGAUCCUUCAGCCUCCCUCUUACGCGUCUUCGGGCUACCCGAGAGGCACUUUCGAUAGGCCAAGAAACCGAGACCACAGAGACCGAGGCCACCACACAGCCACAGGCCAUCGCACAGACGCCAGUGAAGAAGAAACGGAGGUGGGCAUCGAAUGACUGCAUGUGGUGAAAGUGGAUUAUUGAUUGUGUGUUCUUCGUGCGUAUGCAUGCAUUUGUCAGAUGGGGUCUGUCUGAGUUUGCGACUUUGGCGUCCAUCUUGUGUGCCCUCGACUGCACCGUGCUUCCUGCUUUCAUGGCCACCGUGCCGAUUCUUGGACUGGCGUCACCUGACAAGUUCGCCGCCCUCCACGCGCUCUCACACAAGGUACAGACAGACAGACCCACAACACGAGGACGUGCGCGUCAUCUCGUCGCUCGCGUGUUCUGCAUUCGUUUCAGCUUGCCUUGUACGUCAUGGUUCCGAUCGGUGCGAUGGCCGUCGGCAGCAACUAUGCGCAACACAAACGGUUCCCUCUGGCACUCUGGGGCGUUCUGGGCGUGGCUGCCAUCUUCGCAGCCCACGUUGAUGUUGCAAGCGUCCUGGUGGGCGUUCCUGCGUCUAUCGCUCUGUGGAUCCAUUCGAAGCAUCAGCUGAUCAGCGUCUUCGGUGCGGCCAACCUGAUCGCCAGCAAUUACUACAGUCACCAGCUGACACAUGACCACGACGAACACGGGCAUUGCUGCGACCACAAACACUGACAUUCAGGCAGGCGAGUAGCCAAGAGUGGUUUUUGUAGUUUGACUCAUCGAGGAAAUGGUAGGGGGGCGCGCGUGUAGGGUUUAUGGUUGAAGGAAAGGGCCGAGGGUAUGUGGCUUAAGCUAAGAGAGUGGGGAGUGUCAAGAUGUGCUGUCGGGUGGUGCGAUUUUUAUUGACUGACUUAUCGCUCUUGUUGCUCUGAUUCAUGACAUGACAGAUUGAGAGGAGGGGAACACAGGCUGCAUGAACAAAUAAUUCAACUGGUCCACUG